UUAUUUUUGAUUUUUAAAACAUUUUCAUCAAAAUCUUCUCAACAGUAUCCAAUCUAAAAAUCUCGGGAAUUUAAAAUUUAAUCAAUUUAUAAUAAUAUGGUAUAAAAUUAAACUAUAAUAAUUGACUAACUAUGUCUUACAACAAAAGAUUCUCAAUUGAUGAUGCUUUUGAGGAUGAACCAAUAGACGAUGUAAAAGUUUUGGAGUCUAAUUUAGGUAACUCACCUUUACAAUCACCUGGCCAAACUAAACCAACUAACUAUGGUGGUAUUGAACAUGAAUCAGUAACAAGAACAAAAAAAUUUGAAGAUGUGAGUAUGCAAUCAAUAUUUAUAUCAUAAAACCAUAUUUUAUAAUAUAUGUUACAAUAUGUAAUUCCUAUUCAGACAUUAUCUAGAGACAGUGAUUCAUUGAUCUAUAACUCGACAACAUAUUCUAACAAAAAAUACUGGUGUUGGCAUCAUCCUCAAAUACAAGAAAAUUGGCGAAUUGUACUAGCUGCUGUGAUUUUACUUAUUAUUGGAACUAGUAAUAUUAUUAUGUUAUUUUUUUUUAUAAAGAAUUCAUAUUUCAAUUCUAAUCUAUGAUGUAUGUUCACAGUAUUAUUGUUAGUUGCCAUAAUUGUGGAAUUUACUCCAGAUACAAAUUAUCAUCCAAUAGUAUUUUUCAUUGCUGGCUUCAUAUGCUUUAUCCCUGGAGCAUAUCAUGUUGUAUACAUAUAUUUAGCAGCUAAAGGACACCCAGGUUAUAGUUUUUAUAGUUUGUCUUUAUUUAAUUAAUUAUUUAUAAAAUUUGAUGAAAAUGUAUUUAUUAUAGGCAGAAGUACUUAUUUAUGUAACACGUUUUGUGUUAAUAUUUAAUAAUAUUAUUAUGUAGAAAAUGUUACAUAUUCAAUGCUAUAAUUAAUGAAUUAUAGAUGUUUGGCAUAUUUCGAGCCCUAUUUUAGUUAUCAAAAGUUUUUAAGACUUAAUGUCUUGUUAUAGAGUAUAAGAAAAAUUUAAUUUGACUUCAGACCAACAAACUUGCCAUGUCACUAGUUAGAACGUUUUAACUAUAACUUUCUUAUUUACAAUUUUAUUUUUUGUACUUUUAAUAUACCAGUGGAUCUUAUAAACUUUGUAUAAUUCGAAUAAUGGUUCAUAAUUGGUUUUGUACAUUUAUUUUUUAAAUAUUAAUAGGUAGAAAAGUAUUCAAUGAUUAUCACAUAGCAUAAUCAUAUUCAUACACUAUUUUUAUUAGGGCAUGCACUAAGUAAUAUUUGUAAGAGGUCGUAGGUAAUAAAAAUCCUUUAUAAUUGACAACUUGAACCAAAAAACACUGGCAUUAAAAAAUAUCUAAAUUCUUAGUCGUGAAAACGCCUAAACAGAAGAAGGAGUCUUCUUCUGGCCUUGUAUUCAGUUUUGUUAAUAAAUUAUUUAUCUAUAUAGUUUUUAAAUGUUUUUUUUUAUUAUUAUAAAAUAUUACUUCAUUAAUUAAUUUCACAGCAUUUUAAACUACAAAAUUAAUCAAAGUCCUAAUAACUUGAUAUCAAAUUCUUAUAAAUAUAAAAAUCAAAAUUGUAUAAUCAAAAGAACUAUACUAGUUAAAGUUGUAACGACUAAUUUAUUUAAAUUAAAACUAAUUGAAAUACGGUUGUGUUAUUGUAAAUAAUUCAAUAUAGUUAUUAUAUUUAAACAUUUUUAGUAUUUUUUCAAUACUGAAUAUAAUAUUCAGUAUUAUUGUAGAGUAGAUAUUGUAAUAAUGGCUGAAUAUGGUUAAAUAUUAGCCAUAAUUUUAAUAAUAUACUUUUUCAUAAGAACUAAUAGAAUAUAUUAUAUUAUCAGUUAUUACACCUCAAUAUUAUCGGGUACAAAUACAAUUAUUUUAAUAUCUUUGGUCUAUAGUUUUGCAACCUUUUACAUACUGCCAGGUAUGAAAUAAUAAUAUUGUUUUAUUUCAAUUUGAUGAGCUUGAACUAGUUUAUUUUUAAAAAGAACUUUCCCCAUCACUGAUUUUCUUUGAUUAGUUUGAUUUAAUUAUAAUAAAAUUAAUUUGUUCCUCAAAAUAAAAUAAACUUUAUGUCAAACUGACUAUUAGAUUAUUAAUAUUAUAAUAUAUUUUUGUUUUAAAUUGUUUCUUCAGUU